AUGUUCAUGUCCAGAAUCCUGGAUUUUCAGAAGACAAGAUAUGCCAGGUUUAUGAAUCACAGGGUCCCGUCCAACCGGAGAUACCAGCCAACGGAGUAUGAGCACGCAGCGAACUGUGCCACGCACGCCUUCUGGAUCAUCCCCAGCAUCCUGGGCAGCUCCAUCCUCUACAUCCUCUCAGAUGACCAUUGGGAGACCAUCUCAGCCUGGAUAUAUGGGUUUGGCUUGUCUGGCCUCUUCACUGUCUCCACCAUCUUUCACACCAUCUCCUGGAAGAAGAGACACCUCAGAACAGUGGAGCACUGCCUGCAUAUGUUUGACCGGAUGGUGAUCUACUUCUUCAUAGCAGCAUCGUAUGCCCCCUGGUUGAACCUACGGGAGUUGGGUCCCUGGGCCUCCCACAUGCGCUGGAUCAUCUGGAUCAUGGCAUCUAUCGGAACCAUCUAUGUUUUCUUCUUCCAUGAGCGGUACAAGCUGGUGGAGCUGGUGUGCUACGUAAUCAUGGGAUUCUUCCCCGCCCUAGUGAUCCUUUCGAUGCCGAACCGAGAUGGCCUCUUGGAGCUGAUGGCUGGUGGGCUUUUUUACUGCCUGGGCACGGUGUUCUUCAAGAGCGACGGGCGCAUCCCCUUUGCCCAUGCCAUCUGGCACCUCUUUGUGGCAACCGGAGCGGGCAUCCACUACUAUGCCAUUUGGUGGUACCUCUACCGGCCCGACGCGCUGGAGGCCAAGACGUCCAGAUAA